CCCGAAAGAGCCUCGCUUCUUUCGUCAAAGAAAAAGCGUGUCGUUAUCGAAAGUAUAGAAGGCAGCAUUAUCACUAAGGAAGAUCUAGUGAUUGAGAGGACCGAUUGCAAUGAAGAGGAAGUUGAAGGAGGAAGCUCGAUAAUAUUGUCUACAUACAUGUCUUUUGAUUUGUCUCGUAAUCUUAUGUCG